UUUUAUCACUGUAAUGCUCGAACUUCUUAAACCUUUUGAACCUACGAAAAUUAAGUGUCCCAUUAUUGUGUUUGGUGCUGAAGAAGAUAAAGCAUUUGAUUUUAAAAUUAUAAAUGAAACUACUGAAGCUUGGAGUGUAGGAAUUAAUAUCAUUGGAGGUUCUACUCAUGUUAGACCUUACGUUGGAGAAUGCUGCUAG